AUGAAAAGUGCUGGAAAAAAUAAAUUGGGCAAACUUCAACAACAUUUUUCAUCCAUGGCUCAUAAAGCGGCAUUGUCCGAUUAUUGUAAUUUCUUGAUUACAGAAAGGCAUAUUGAUGUUUUCCUAGAUAAAAAUAAGAGAAAUACAUUAAUCGAACAAGAGAAAAUCCAUAGUCAAAAUAAGAGAGUUUUAUGGGUUUUAAUGGAUACAAUCAGAACAUUAGGCAUUCUAGGAUUGGGUUUUCGAAAAUCUGAUUCGGCUUCCGAAGGAAAUUUUGGACAAAUUGUAAACCUUAUAUCACGACAUAACAGUGUCGUGAAACAAUGGUUUGACGACAGAAAAUUGCGCCCUUAUCAUGUGACAUACAUGAGUGGUGAAUCUCAAAAUGAAAUGAUCUCUUUAAUUGGAUCAGAGGUACGUAGUUUGAUAAUUGAAGAAAUUAAAGAAUGUUUAUUUUUUUCGAUAAUGGCUGAUACGACACUUGAUUUAUCCCAUAAGGAUAUACUCUCCCUGGUAAUACGUUAUGCCGACAAUAAGGGUAAUAUUCACGAAAGGCUUAUUAAGACCGUUGAAUGUUGCGAUAAAUCCGGACUGGGUAUGGCCGAGUUGUUAAUUAAAUGCCUAAAUAUCGUCGAGCACAAUGUACCUUACAUUCCCUGUCAAGAUCACAAGACUAAUACAGUGCUUGAACAUGCUUGUAACGUAAGUGCAUUGAUUAGAAACUUUUUUGACACUCUUGAAGAACUUUACGUAUUUUUUACAUCAAGCACAAAAAGAUUUAAACACCUGCAAGAAAAAAUACAAGAAAUAGAUAAAUCAGUUCAACUUAAAAACCUUUCAAGAACCAGAUGGACUGCAAAGGCAGACUCAGUCAGAGCUCUUAACCAAACAGUAGAUCAAAUUAUUGAAGUUCUAUCAGACAUUUCCAAAAAUAGAGAAUUUGAUGGUUCUACAAGAACUAAAGCAUUGGGACUUUACAAAAAGAUUUUAAAUUUUGAUUUCAUAGCUAGCUUCUUUUUUCUAAAAAAUAUUUUACCAAAAAUUAAAAUUUUAACUGAAACGACAGAAACACCUAAUUUAAAUAUAAUAGACUGCAUUAAUUUGAUAAAAACUACUGCCCUUAAUUUAAGAAAUACCGAUUAUGACCAUAACAGUUUAAAUAGUCUAAUUGAAAGUGCCAUAAAAUAUGCCGAAAAAUUAAAUAUUGAUCCUUAUUCUGAUUUUUCGAAAUAUCAUAGACGAAGGAUUAUGCCAAAAAAAAUUGAUGAAAAUCGUGACACUGAAGUCGAUAUGGAUUUAAAAACUUUUUAUAGGCGAGAUUUCCAGGAAAUUUUGGAUACCUUAUCAAGUGGUUUAAAUGAUAAUUUUGAGCAUAUCAAAAAAUCAAUUGAGCCACUGUAUUCAGUUUUAACAUUUCCACUUGAUAAAAGAAAUAUUACCUUAAAGAUUUUAGGUGACAUUGUUGCCAUGUUUCCUCCAGGUUCUAAAAAGCCUGAUGUCCAUUCUUUACAAGGUGAAUUAGAAGUUUUAUUUGAUAUGAACUCUAAAGUAAGUUCUUUUCCUGAACUAUUAUCUAAUGUAACCAAGUUAAAAGAUAAUUUAAAUCAAGCAUUUUGCUUUUGUAUGUUUGUAUUGACUGUACCCUAUGGUGUUUCAACCAACGAAAGGAGCUUUAGUCAAUUAAAAAUUAUUAAAAAUGUGUUAAGAACAACAAUGUCUGAUGAACGGCUUGAUAAUUUAAUGCUAUUAAAGUGUGAAUCUGACAUGGCGUUAAAAUUAGAUUUAGGUUACACAAUUGAUAAGUGGGCAACUCUAAAGAAAAGGCGAAUAAUUUUAAAAUAA